ACACCUCCCCAUCCCUUUCCCAGUAAAAUUAAAAUUAAAAUAAUAAAUAAAUAAUUCAUUACGAAUUAACACCCAAAAAUAUCGGCACAGACGAAAAACAAAAACUGAAUUUUAACAGCUUUAACCAAAGAGAGAUCAUCAAGCGAGCGACUGAGAGAGAGAGAGUGGUGUUCAGACAGAACCAAACCACGAUCUGUCUCUGCUUCUUUGUCCCUUUCUUCCUUCUCCAAACAAAAAAAAAAGAAAGAAAGGUCCUUCCCCGUCACACUCCCAUUUGAUCGGAGCUCAACAUUGCUUCAAGACACAGAGAGAAGUUAGUGUGAUAAAAUGAUGGAUCGGUACGGUCAUGCCGGUGAAGAAGGCUCACGGGCAGAUCCAUCACCUCCAAGAACCGAAACCGGUUUAGAAGGUUCGAUGUGGCGGUUAGGGCUGAGAGGCGGUGGAGGUGAUUCGUUCCCGGAGAGACCUGAUGAGCCUGAUUGUAUUUAUUACUUACGUACCGGUGUUUGCGGGUACGGGUCCAGGUGUCGGUUCAAUCACCCGCCAAACCGUGCUCCGGUCUUGGGAGGUCUCAGAACAGAACCUGGAGAGUUUCCAGAGAGAAUGGGACAGCCUGUGUGUCAGCAUUUUAUGAGAACAGGAACAUGUAAGUUCGGUGCUUCUUGCAAGUAUCACCAUCCUAGACAAAGAGGAGAUUCUGUUAAUACAUCUCCUGUCUCAUUAAACUACAUGGGAUUUCCAUUACGCCCGGGUGAGAAAGAAUGUUCUUAUUACAUGAGAACCGGUCAGUGUAAAUUCGGUUCCACAUGUCGGUUUCACCAUCCCCUUCCUCCAGGUGUACAACCUCCAUCACAGCAGUUAUCAACUGGUCCAGCUAAUUAUCCAUCGUUUCAGUCUCAAUCAGGAGCAUUUAUAGCAAGACCCCAGCUUUUACCAGGCUCAUAUGUUCAAAACCCUUACGGUACUUACAGCCAAAUGGUUCUUCCUCCUCCCGGUAUGGUUCCAUACUCUGGCUGGAACCCGUACCAGGCUUCUUUAAGUGCAAUACCUUCCCAUGGAAGUCAACCCUCUUUAGGAACAAGCUCUGUUCCUUAUCAAUCGGGUCCUUCUUCAAAUAAAGAGCAAUCUUUUCCUCAGCGACCUGGAGAACCUGACUGUCAAUACUUUAUGAGAACCGGAGACUGUAAAUUUGGAACCUCUUGCAGAUUCCAUCAUCCUCUUGAAGCAGCAGCAUCUCCAAAGGGAGUUACUCUCAGCCAUAUUGGCCUCCCACUUCGUCCUGGCACAGCGCAAUGCAGCCACUUUGCACAACAUGGGAUAUGCAAGUUUGGACCUGACUGCAAAUUUGACCACUCCAUGGGCUCUUCUUCUUCACUUGGCUACAGCGCGUCAGCUUCUUCGCUCACUGACACACCUGUUGCGCCAUACUCUCUUGGAUCCUCAUCGCUUGGCACAUUAGCUACUUCAUCAUCAGCAUCCUCGGCUGACCAAAAACCAAAAAACACAACUAGUGGUGGUGGCUUGGAAACUGUGUCUACUGGAGUUUCUUCGUCUUCUUCUGUGACCGUUGGUGUCAGCCAUUCUGAGCCUGUUGAGACCAAAAAUGGUGACUCGGCUAGCAUUGAGGUUAAGACUUCAAGUUAAAAGAGACAGAACUCAAAGAAUGUCUCUCUAUUCUUCUUUGGGUAUUAUCUCUCUUUUCUCUCUAUUUCCUUUUUCGUCAAACUUUCUUAAACUCAGGAAACAUAAAAAAGGAAAAAGAUUUAUUUUUGGGUGGAGACAACAACAACAAGAAGCAGAAGCAGAGAGAGAGGAAACCAGCUCUAGUUUUGUAUGCUGUGUCUCUCCUCUUAGGUCACUCUUACCAUAUGUUCAUAUGAUUUCUUCAUACGGCCAUCUAUCUAUCUCUAUCUCUUUUGUUUUCUGUUUAAACUUUUUUGAAAACAAUUAUUAAUAAAAUGGUCUCAUUAUUCAGGAAAAAUCAGCUGACUCCUGAAAAUUCUUGUUUUUUUUUAUGAAAAAAAAAAUGGAAUGUGGGAUUUGAGAGUCUGGUUUUUGUUUUUAGUGGUGUGUUUGUUUUUAAAUAAAGAUUAAGUUAUUAUGUAAAUCUGUUUCAAGAGAAGAUACAUGUAUAAUGUUUUAAACUGUUGAUCAACCCUUUCUCUUAAGGAAAGAAAACAUUUACA